ACCUCUCCGACUACCGCGAACGUAAGCUUUUUGACCUAUGAAGGAUCCGUAAAAUCUCGCGAUACGCCCCUCUCGCAGGAAAGCUGUCAUGGCUGCGCCUGUAUGGACCACGGGGUUCUGACCUCAGCGGUUCUUCUUGUCCCAGUCCAUAUUCUUAAAGUCCGGGUUUGCCGUUGCUAAAUCUUCAUGUUAAAAAGGAUCCGUCAACGUUAAAACUUUUUCAUUGAAGGCAUCUCCAAAGCAAUGGAAAACAACGGCAGUUCUUCUCUUUCACUCCUUCUUGAAGUGAUAUUGCAUCAGAGACUACUUUAAAGUGAUUUGAAAGUGUUUGAGCGGAUAGCGCAAUGAAUAACGGAGCAGGUGCCAUUUUUUGGAACCUCAGACAAUUCAGUACUUUAGUUCCUACAAGCAGAACGAUAAGGCUGUAUCCUUUGGGAUUUUCCAGACCAAAAGUUGUUUAUUCAAACUGGAACCCAGGAAACCUUCUUUUAAGUGACUUUGGUAAUGGAGUGCAGUCAUCUGCUAGACAUCUAUUUCAGGAUGCCUUAAUUUUUAAAUCCGGAGAGAAUUUUCAAACGAAGGGGAUAGGCACUGAAACAGUCCUUACAGUCGACAGACCGCUUUGUCCUAGAAGACUGUCAUUUGAUUCAAAACACUCUCUUGACCCUGAUAAUGCAUUGAAGAAGGCAGCAUUUCAUCAUAAGGCCUCCAGUGAAGAUGUGCUCACCAAGGAAACAAAACCAACCCCUGUCAACAAUAAAAAACUGUCUGAGGAGUGUAGUUCUUUGAGUGAUGUGUUAGAUGAGUUUUCAGAACGACCUACGUUUCCCAGUAGUAACUAUUUUUCAGCAAUGUGGAUAAUUGCUAAACGGAUGUCUGAUGACCAGAAGCGUGUUGAAAAGCAACUAAUGUUUAACCACCCUGCAUUUAAUGAGCUGUGUGAACAAAUGAUGAGAGAAUCCAAGAUCAUGCACUAUGACCACCUGCUGUUCAGUCUUCAUGCUAUGGUGAAGCUUGGAAUUCCUCAGAACACUCUGCUGGUACAGACUUUGCUGAGGGUGGUCCAGGAACGUAUCAAUGAGUGUGAUGAGAAAUGUCUUUCAGUCUUGUCAGCUAUUUUAGAGGCAAUGAAGCCAUGUAAGAAUGUGGACGUUCUUCGAGCAGGUUUGCGGAUACUAGCUGAUCAGCGAGUCUGGAAAAUAGAACGUGUCUUUACAUUACAAGCUCUGAUAAGAUGUGUUGGAAGAGAUGCACCAAUUGCUCUUAAAAGGAAACUGGAGAUGAAAGCCUUGAGAGAAUUAGACAAAUUUUCUGAUUUGAAUAGCCAGCACAUGUUUGAGGCAUUAGCUGCCAUGAAUCACCGCUCUGUUGUUCUCCUGGAUGAAUGCAGUAAGAUGGUCCUAGGUAAUAUCCAUGGGUGUCCUUUUAAAGUACUCAUCAACAUAUUGCAGUCUUGCAGAGACCUCCGGUACCAUAAUUUAGAUCUUUUUAAGGGAAUAGCAGAUUAUGUGGCUACGACUAUUGACAUCUGGAAGUUAAAGCAAGUUAUCUUUCUCCUCAUUUUAUUUGAAAACCUUGGCUUUCGACAUACUGAUCUGAUGGAUGUGUUCAUGAAGAAAGUGAUAGCUGAUCCUGCCUCUCUAAACAUGAAAAGCAUUAUCUGUAUUCUUCAUGUGUAUUCUUCUCUCAAUCACUUCUACAAAUGCCAGACCUCAGAGUUCCAAGAAGUUAUGGCUAAUUCUCUGACCGGUUAUCUUCACAACAUCUCUUCUGAAAAUCUAUUGAAUGCUGUGUGUUCAUUUUGCUUGAUGAACCAUUUCCCCAUGGCCCUUAUUAAUCCACUUCUCCAAAAGGAUGUCAUCAAGGAGCUGCUGAUACCAGGUGAUGAGAGCAAUGCUCACAAGCUUCGUAUUUUGGCUGCUUGCCUAAAACUGGAUAUUCCAUGUCAUAAGGCCAUAGACUUCGACCUGCCACCACGGUCCACGACAUUAUAUCAAAAUGUGAAGGUGGCUGACGCGCUAAGUAGCCUUCUGGGAGAAGGAUACUUCUCAAAAGACAUACAGUUGCCACAUAAUUAUCAUAUCGAUUUUGAAGUCAGAAUGGAUAUUAACAGGAGUCAAGUGCUUCCGUUUUCCGACGCAGUAACUUCUGCUACAGAUAUUCAAAGAGUAGCUGUACUGUGUGUUCCUAGAUCUGCUUACUGUUUGGAUUUAGCCCAUCCCAGAGGAUUCCUUGCUAUGAAAUUGCGACAUUUGAAAAUAAUGGGUUUUCACGUAAUCUUGGUCCAUAAUUGGGAGGUGGAAAGGCUGGAGAAGAAGGAUGUAAUCACAUUUUUGAAGACCCAACUCUACUCAACUGAAGCCUUUCUUACUGCUGAUGUAAAUCUGCAAAGCACAUGUUAAAGUCAAAGUAGCCUUUUCAUAUUAGCAGACAUAAGUUUGUAAAAGAAUUUUAAUAAAGACUACAAUUCAGUUGUCAA